UGGGAGGAGAGAGAGAGAGAGCGAGAGUGAGAGAGAGAGAGGGAGUUCGCCGGAUGGAGAAGAGGGUGAUGAUUUUCUGCGCAGCCGCGGGCUUUCUUGGCCUUCUCUCUGCUGCUCUCGCCUUCGCCGCAGAGGCCACAAGGAUCAAGGUUUCUGAUGUGGAAACAACAACGCUAGGUGAAUGCAGAUACCCAAGGAGCCCAGCAUUAGCUCUUGGUCUUAUAGCAGCAGUGGCUCUUAUCAUAGCUCAGGCCAUCAUAAACACUGUAGCUGGGUGUAUAUGUUGCAAGAAGUAUCCAAAUCCAUCAGACACAAACUGGACAAUAGGGUUGAUCUCUUUUAUUGCUUCUUGGGUUACUUUUAUAAUAGCCUUUGUUCUGUUGUUGAGUGGUGCUGCCCUAAACGACCGAUGGGGACAGGAAAGGAUGUAUUUUGGCGAAUUCUGCUACGUUGUCAAGUCUGGAGUAUUUUCAGGAGGGGCAGUACUAUCUCUUGCAAGUGUUGCUCUUGGGAUUGUUUAUUACAUCUCAUCGGUGUCAUUAAAGAAUGUGCAGCCCUGCAAUUCGUCACAAAAUCAAGACAUUGCACUGGGUCAUCCUCAUACUACACCUCAAAGUCGGACGACCCCAGUAUUUGUGCAUGAGGAUACUUAUAAUCGACAACAAUUCCCCUGACGAUGAUACUUGGUCUGCCCAACAAUUUUCCAUUUCCUUUCUGUUCUUGAGCUCUUGCCUUCCGACAUGGGGAUUGCCACUCAAAUCCCCAUUACAUGCAAUUAGCUGGACCUUGGAUCAUUGUCACGAGAGGCUUCCACAUGAGGUGCUUCCAUCACUCGUUGGUCGUGCAUUCGAGGACAGCACUCAACUGCAGAAUUUAGGAUCGAAUGGUAGCUUGUCGGUGGUAGAUGAACAGCAUUCAAUUGCCAGUUAGCUGAGUGUCGUUACGAUAUUUUGCAGGCAUUGGUGAAGUGUCAUUCUGACUGUUGUUGUGUUACAAUGUGAGCAUCAACAUGUACUGAUGGACUCAUCACAAUUUAUGUAAUAUGCUGUUUGAUCA